AUGAGCGACCCCAGCAACCCUCAUAUCAAGAAUCGCACCACGCCCCAAUGGGGUCUCUACCAACGGGAGAACUUUCUGAAGCAGAACGAGGGACAGGCACCUCUUUUCAACACUGAUCCCCGAAAACUAGAAGAAAGAGCCAAAGAAAGACUCAGCGAAGGCGGCUGGUACACACCCACCCUCCACCCAUCCAUCCAACCAAAACAGUUCUACGCCUCGUCAAAUGCAGGCCUCUCAAACACCCACUUGACAAACCGCCAAUCCUUCUACCGCCACCGUCUAAUUCCAAACCAACUAGUCGACACAAACAACCGCGACACAACCACAGAAAUAUUCAACCACAAAGUAUCCGCCCCAAUCGGCUUCGCGCCGAUCGGAAUAAACAAAAUAUAUCACCCAGCCGGCGAAAGCGCCGUGGCAAAAGUCGCCGGCGAACUCAACCUCCCUUACUGCCUCUCCACAGCAGGAAGCACCUCAAUCGAAGACGUGGGGAAAGCAAAUGGAACCGGAAGUCCGCGUUUCUAUCAGCUGUACAUGCCGCAUGAUGAUGAACUUACCGUGUCAUUAUUGACUCGGGCCUGGGAGGCUGGCUUUGAUGCAUUGAUUCUUACGACGGAUACGUGGCAGCUAGGAUGGAGACAUGAUGAUGUGUCCUCGUCGAACUAUGCGUUUUAUCGGGGUUUUGGUGCAGACCUGGGGCUGACUGAUCCUGUGUUCCGGAAACGGUGUCAGGAAGACGGGAUUGAUCCCGAAGUUGAUGUUGUUGCUGCGUCUGUUAAGUGGAUUGAUUCUGUUUGGCAUGGGCGUGCUUGGUCUUGGGAGAAGAUCCCUUGGCUAAUGGAGACUUGGAAGGGGAUUAGUGGGGGACGGCCGUUUGCUAUCAAGGGCAUUCAGUCCGUUGCUGAUGCGCGGCGGUGUGUUGAGUUCGGGGUUGAUGGGAUUGUUGUCAGUAACCAUGCUGGACGGCAGGUUGAUGGGGCUGUUGCUAGUCUUGAUGCCCUUGAGAGUAUUGUUGAGGCUGUUGGGAAGGAUAUCUAUGUGAUGUUUGAUUCGGGGGUUCGGGGGGCUAGUGAUGUUGUUAAAGCUCUGGCGCUUGGGGCUAGGUUUGUUUUUGUUGGGCGAUUAUGGAUUUGGGGGUUGAGUAUUGCUGGCGAGGAGGGUGUGAGGCAUGUUAUAAAGUCUUUGUUGGCUGAUUUGGAUAUUUUGAUGGGGGUUGCUGGGUUUAAUCGGGUGAAGGACUUUGAUCGGUCGAUUCUUGGUGAGUUUGCCUUUGGAUUUGGUGUAUUGGGAUUGUUGCUGAUUUUGAUAGAUUCUGGUCCGAAGAAUUACUCGCUGAUUCCACAGAAGAGUCUGUGA